AUGGUUGAAGAAGAAUCGUAUGAAACUACUAGAAUGGUUGCGAAACAUACUGAAAAAGAAAAUAUAGAAAAAGUUUAUUCGCACACUAAUCCUUUUAUAAGAAAUUUUAUCAGACGAUCUAUUAAAGGAGGAAGCGUUUCGGCAAAUAGAAAAUCAUUUGAAACGAACAAAAUGGAUGAAAUUUGUAAUGUAUUAAAGGAGUUUAUUUCACUAAGUGAUACAGAAAGUAUUUCACGAAGUAUUCAAAGAAUCAACGAAACAAAAACCCGAGUAACCAUAUCUCUACCAACUGAAAUGGACACUACACCUGCACCAUCUAGAGCCACCACGCUGCCGAACCAAACCCCUAAACGAGCCCGAAGUUCACCUACUCCUAGUCCAGCAGACAUAGGAAGCUACCUGCUCUAA